UGUUUGACUACAUAAAAAAACCAAAAGUCAAAACCUAACCAAAAAGCCAUCAAAAAACCAUUUACCAAACAUGGUAAUUAUUUUGUCUAAACUAAUUUAUUCCCAAAAAAAAAGAUAUUCUAAAAAAAAGGAUAAAAUAAAGUAGCUAGUAGGCUAGUACAAGUAGUAGAUUUGAUGAUGUGAGCCAUGAGCCCAUGAGCCGGGUCGAGUUGAUAAGAUUGACUUACCGAGUCAACCAGGAAACCACAACUCAGUGUAAAAAUAAAAAUGAGAGUCCAAAUUCAAAGUAGUGUCUUCCAAAAAAUAAAUUAAAAAAAUUUAAAAUUAGGGCUAAAAAAUUUCCACAGAGUCCUUCCUACUUCACACCACCUCUCUCUCUACAAUUACCCCUUUAUCUUUCUCUCUCUUCCCAAUCAAUCCUUCAAUGGCGGUUUUCGACAUCUAGUCAACAACAACAUCAAGGAUCUGUUGGAUCCGAAUCGAUAUAUAGUGUAAUUCGAUUAAAAGGUUCGAUUUUGAUUUUUUGUUUGAAACCCUAGAUUGUGUUAGGGAUUGGGAUUGUUGGGAUGGAAUGUUCUGGGGGUAAGCCGAGGGGUCGGCCGAGAAAGCGGAGAAGGGGAGAUGGGCAAAAUGGGGAGAAUGUUGAUGGUGAAGGAAAUGUGCAGGAUUUGGUGGAAAAUAGUAAUGGUGAUUGUAAUGGUGGUAAUGAAGGGGAGGAUGGUAAGAAUGCCGGGAAUUUUCGUAAACGAGGCCGGCCUCCGAAGAGGCGGGCCGUCGAGGUUAAGGGGGAUGCAGUAGUUGGACGUUAUGUAUUAAAGGAUUUUGAGGGCAAUGGUGUUUUCUUAGGUAAAAUUGUUUCCUAUGAUUCUGGAUUGUAUAGGGUUGAUUAUGAAGAUGGGGAUUUUGAGGAUUUGGAUAGUGGGGAAUUGCGUGAGUUUUUGAUUGGGGAUGAACGUCAGAAGUUUGUGGGUGAGUUGUUGGAGAGGAAGAAGAAAUUGGAUGAGAAUGUUGCUCAAAAAAUUGAUGUGAAGUCGAAAACAGAUGAGAAUGUUGCUCAAAAAACAGGUGGAAAGUCAAAAACUGAUCGCAAAGUUGCUCGUAAGAUUGGUCGUAAAAAGGAGGAUGUUAGGAAGGUGGUAGAUGAAUCAGUAAAAGCGAGUGUGGCAGAGCCAAUUGAUGUUAUUGACAAACCGGAUUCUGUAAAUAUGAUCAAUGAUAUAGAGAAGAUUGAGGUGCCAACAUCAAGUGGGCGCCUUGAUGAGGAGGUUGGCGGGAGUGAAGUGGAUGAUGAUGACGAUGUUUCUGAUUCUUCUAGUGAUUCGUGUGAAUAUGGUCAGGGUUGGGACACCAGGGCAGAGACUGAGAUCCCUGACAUUCCCCCUCCAGAAUUGCCCCCUUCUUCUGGGUCAGUUGGUGUGCCAGAGGAAUAUGUGUCACAUCUUUUUUCAGUUUAUGGGUUUCUUCGAUCGUUUAGCAUUCACUUGUUUUUGAGCCCCUUCACUCUGGAUGAUCUCGUUGGUUGUCUUCGAUGCACUGUUCCAAACACAUUAUUGGAUGCUAUUCAUGUUGCUCUCUUGAAGGCCUUGAAACGACAUCUUGAAGCGCAAGCUUCUGAUGGAUCGGAGCUUGCAUCAACAUGCCUGAGAUGCAUUGACUGGGGUUUGCUUGAUAUCUUGACUUGGCCAGUUUACUUGGUUCAUUAUUUGAUGGGAAUGGGGCAUUUGGAUCGAAAAGAGUGGAAAGGUUUUUACAUUGAUGCCUUGCAGAAAGAUUAUUGUACCUUGUCUAUUGGGACAAAGUUGAUGGUUCUACAGAUUUUGUGUGAUGAUGCUCUAGUUGCUGAAGAAAUAAGGGCAGAUAUUGAUGAGCGGGAGGAAUCUGAAGUUGGAAUUGAUUUCGACGGGAUUUCAUCAAAUCCUCUUGAGAAUGGGCCUAGGAAGAUGUAUCCCAGAUCUGCCAAAACUUCCAUUAGCAAGAACAGGGAAAAUGUCAUUCCGGAGGCAGAAACUAGUAUUUCGUUUGGAUCUAAUUCUAUGACUGUGAAGGGCAAGGAUCAAGAUACCAAGCCUGAUAACAUUAAUGAGGAUGUAAAUGGGGAUGAGUGCCGGCUUUGUGGAAUGGACGGGUUUUUGCUUUGCUGUGAUGGCUGCCCUUCAGCUUAUCACUCUAGAUGUAUAGGUGUGAACAAGUUAUCUAUACCUGAUGGGAACUGGUUUUGUCCUGAAUGUAAAAUUAGCAGACUCAGUCCACCCAUCACAAUGAAAACAUCAUUGAGAGGAGCUGAAAUUUUUGGUGUCGAUCCAUAUGCACAGCUGUUCUUGGGUACUUGCAAUCACUUGAUGGUGCUGAAAGUCUCCUUAAAGCCAUCGCCGUUUGUCAGAUACUACAAUUGUAAUGAUAUUCCAAAUGUUGUAGCAUCCCUUUGUUCAUCGGAGUAUCAUGCAGUUUCUUACUCAGGCAUCUGUCAGGCAAUAUUGAAGUACUGGGAACUGCCGCAGGUUUGGUUUCCAGCUCUUAUAAGUAGUCAAACAACCCUGGCUUUGGAAAAGAAAGAUGAUGACUUCGAGUUGCUUAUUGAUGAGACUGGAAAUCAGGUUCUUAACAAGGGUGAACUUGAAAACUAUGCCAGUUUUGUAGGGGAAAGUGCUUUAAAUUCCGUGUCUGCAUUAAGCAAUGAAAAGUGUGCUUUUACACCUGUUUGCGAUGAUGUUUCAUUGGGUGCUUCAGUACAAAAAGAUAUUUCUGUGCCAAAAAUGGAUGGUGCUGCAAUGAAUGAGCUUUCAACUAUGCCCAGCAAGGUUUUUGAGCAUGCUGAGCUUCAUUGCUCAUCAAAGCAAGGGCUUGCUGAUGGAUCUAUUAAGUCGGGAAUUUCAUCAGUCACCUAUGGGUACAACAGCAGUAGCGCAGGGCUGAAGAAUGGUGUUUGUCUGCCUGGAAAUGUUAAUUUGCACGGAAAUGAAGAUCGUAAUCAACCUGGUGGCAGAGCAGUUCAGCGACUGAAGGAUAGUUGCUUAUACAUUGGAUCUGCUUUUAAACCUCUUGUGUACAUAAAUCAUUAUGUGCACGGAAACUUUGCGGCAUCUGCUGCUGCUAAUUUUGCGGCGCUUUCAUCUGAUGAAAAUCAAUCUUCUGAGCUUCAUGCAUCCGAUCCCAGGAAAGUCAUGUCUGCUAAAGUUACGCUGCAGGCAAAAGCUUUCUCUUCUGCAGCUGCUCGGUUUUUCUGGCCUAGUACCGAAAAAAAAUUAUUUGAAAUUCCAAGAGAGCGCUGUAGUUGGUGUCUUAACUGCAAAGCCACUGGCUGUAGCAGAAAGGCUUGCUUACUAAAUCAAGCUGUACUGAAUGCUACACGAGCAGCAAUGAAGUUUUGCUCUGGCCUUAGGCUGGUGAAAAAUGUAGAGGGUGGCCUUUAUGGUAUAGCAGCAUAUACCUUGUACUUGGAAGAAAGCCUGCGCGGGCUAAUAGUUGGACCAUUUCAUAGUGCAAGUUAUGAAAAACUGUGGCGUAAGAAAGUUGAGCAGGCUUCUACCUGCAGUGAAAUGAAGUCUCUUUUGCUUGAACUAGAAGAAAACCUCUGCGUCAAUGCACUCUCUUCAGAUUGGACUAAGCUAGUAGAUAGUUGGAUGGAUGAAUCAUCUGUGUCUCAAAGCGCUUGUGCAACUGCGUCAAUUCAGAAACGAGGUCCCGGGAAACGUAGGAAGCAUCUUGCUACAGCUGAAAUUACAACGGAGGACUCUAAUGACAGUUCGCGUGAUAUAAACUGGAGGAGUGGAAAGCUAGCAAAGCUUGUAUUCCAGAGAGCAACACUUCCUCGUUCCGUCCUUAGGAAAGCAGCUCGUCAAGGCGGUUCAAGGAGGAUUUCAGGAAUAUAUUAUACAGAAGGAUCAGACGUUCCCAAGAGAAGCAGACAAUAUUUAUGGAGAGCAGCUGUUGAGAUGUCUAUGAAUGCAUCAGGGCUUGCACUCCAGGUGAGAUAUUUAGAUUAUCAUAUAAAGUGGACAGAUCUUCUUCGUCCUGAGCAAAAUCUUCAGGAUGGGAAGGGUCCAGAAACAGAAGCCUUUGCUUUUAGAAAUGCCCGGGUCUGUGGCAAGAAGAUUGUGGAAAAUAAGAUUUUGUAUGGAGUAGUCUUUGGACAGCAGAAACAUCUUUCUUCUCGCCUCUUGAAGAGCAUUAUUGAGAAAGAAGAAACCCAAGAUGGAAAGGAAAAAUAUUGGUUUAUUGAAACACGGAUUCCUUUGUAUCUGAUUAAAGAAUAUGAGGAAAAUGCAGAGAAAACUUGUCUGCCACCUUCGAAGAAACCUGAUCGUUAUACCAAACAUCAAAAGAGACAAUUGAAAGCUUCUCGUAAGAGAGCUGUAUUUCUCUAUCUUUCACGAAAGAUAGAUGACUUGCAAAUGUGUUUUUGUGCGUCUUGUCACCGAGAUGUUUUACUUGGGGUUUCUGUUGUGUGCAGUGCUUGUGAAGGUUUUUGCCACAAGGGAUGUACCAUAAGCUCAACUGUCCUAACAAAUGAUGAUGUUGAAUUCGUAACCACUUGCAAGCAGUGUUCUUGUGGCAAACCUCUUACUCUAAACAACGGCUCUGUUGAAUCGCCAACAAGUCCUUUAGUGGUGCAGGGGCAUGAGUAUCAGAAUUCUGCCACCGCUGCUAAAAGUGCAAAGCUGAAACAUCAUCAGAAUUCUAUGACUCUCUCCAAAAGUUCAAGGGCCAAAACUAAUGGCAAAGUACUGCCACCUGUUGGAACUUUAGAGACUGACAAGAAACCUGCUUCAUCUGAUUCUAGUUUGUCUAAGUAUCGAAAACGACAACAGUACUGGGGUCUCAUCUGGAAGAAGAAGUCUGUAGAUGGUGCUGGAUCUGAAUUUCGGUCUAAUAAUAUUCUUUUCAGGGGUGCUUAUGGUAUGAAUUCAGUAGGCCCAGAGUGUCAAUUGUGUCAGAAGCCAUACACUCCACAUUUGAUGUACAUCCGUUGUGAAUCAUGCCAAAAUUGGCACCAUGCUGAUGCUAUUGAACUUGACGAGUCGAAACUUUCCAAUGUGUUGGGAUAUAAGUGUUGCCGUUGUCGCAGAAUUAAGACUCCAACGUGCCCAUAUGCAGACAAAAAGUCGCAGAUAAAGAAAAUACUCAUUAAAGGUCCGAAGGAAGAGACGGUGCUAGCCGAUUCUGUUUCCGAAGCCUUUUCAGAGCAAGCUGAAUCGGUACCUUCAACUCCAAUGUCUCUGAUGGAGGAUGAUGUUUUCAUUCCAGUGGAUGAUCCUCUUCUUAUGUCUGUUUCGAAAGUUGAACAAAUACCUGAGCCACAAGAAGAAUUGCAGUUUGACUGGAACACUCCUUUUGGGCCAGGCCCCCAAAAGCUUCCAGUCAGAAGGCAUAUUAAGAAUGAAAGGGAUGAUGAUGGGCUUAUCUGGAAUGAUUAUCCUGUUGUACAGCCACCUACAUCUGAUGAGACAAAAACCAUUUCCAAUUUUCAUUCUGAGUGGGAUGUCCCUAAUGGUAGUUUUGAAGAUGGAACAGCAUUGGACUAUGAGAACUUCAACUAUGAAAACACUGAUUAUGAACCACAGACCUACUUUUCUUUUACAGAGUUGCUAGAGGCUGAUGAUGGAAAUCAGUUUGAAGGAGUUGAUAUGUCUGGAGAUGCCUGGGAGGAUUUGCAAUGUGAAUAUUCCCAGAGCGGAUUCCCAGAGCAUUAUGAAAUGGAGCCUGUUAUUGAUCAUGUACCAGCCACAUGUAUGGAAGCUGCAAUAGCUGUUAGUUGUAAUAUCUGCUCACAACCAACACCGGCUCCUGAUCUUGCCUGUCAUACAUGUGGUUUACAGAUUCACAGCCAAUGCUCACCUUUAGAAGAUGUCUCUCAGGGUGACAGCUGGAGGUGCGGCAACUGCAGGGGAUGGUGUUGAUUAUCAAGGUCUUCUAGAGAUGCAGAUUUUUGAUCCAGUUCUUGCUUCUUUUUUGGGGCACUAGGAAGCUGGACAGAUGGCAGAUUUUCCAACAUCAGUAGGUACCCAAUUGGAAAUUUUUGCUCACUACUGUAUUUGGGGUUGAUGUGAAUGCUUGUGCUCUGAUUGAUAAUAGUGUAACUGAAAAGAUCCUCAGCCAGCUAUUGUCUUCCUGGUUAUAACUCAUUACUCUUCUGAUGAUAGUGGUCAGGCUUUGAUACAUGGAUGUUUAAAGGGUUUUUGGCGUGUUAAUCAUGAAAUGUGGGCCUCUCUCGAUUGAGCAAAUGGGAGAUAGAGAGGGGUGGGUGGAGGUGGGGUUGGGUGGGGAAUGGGUUGAACUGAUUGUUAGCUUAGAUUUUUGGCUCUCCUGGAGGUGGGGUGUUGGGUGAUGCCUAAUGUUAAUCUAUACUCGUAGAUAAGCUUGUUUUUGGUGUGCUUAUCUUGCUCGAGUAACUUGUGUAAUGAUCAUGGAAAUCACAAGUAAUUUUUUUGCUAAUGACAUCAGAUUCUGUUUGGAUGAAUUAUUUCACUGUAUUCCUUGAGUGAUACUGUGAUAUUACAUCAAAUCGGGCAAUUGAGUUUUUACU